AUGCUGGCAAUAGCCUGGCAAAACUCUGUUAAAGUUUUUUGCAAAGAUAUUAAGUUACCAACUGAUCUUUUCUCAGACGUGAUUAAAAUUGACUAUGUUCCAAUGAAAAGUAACAAAAAGACUGCUUUCCAAAUUGCUAGAGAUGACUAUACCAUGGCUGAUUUUAGAAAAUAUUUGUAUAGUUGGAGUGCCUACCACAAUUGGCAACAAAAAUAUGGGGAAAAAGGGAAAAAUAUUGCUGAUAUGUUUGUUGGCGAGUUGAAAGAAGAAUUUGGUUGGACUGAUGAUACUAAGUUAAGAGUUGAAUGGGGGACUUUUUAUAUUUUGGCUAGAAAGUAA